AUGAUUGACGGGCUGAAAACCAAGGGAUUGUUGAAAGUUGGAGAUGCUGCUAAUCUAUGGAAAAAUAGGGAUAGUAUUGGUGAGGACUCACUUACUACCGAUGUAUACGUCGGUGCAUUCCAGGAUAUGGGCGCAAUUUCCUGUAAACUGUUGAUCAACAACUUGUACAAAACCUUCAAAAACACCAUUUUGGGGUUGGUAGUGAUUGACGAGUUCCACAACUUCGAAACAGAACUUAGCCACCGGGAGAACUGUACAAGACAAUUAAUAUAA